ACCGGUGAACAUGCAAACGAAACAUUAGCGUUUAUUGUAUCCCUCCCCUCCCCUGAACUUCUUCCUCCCUUUCCACAUAGGUAUUAACACCAACUUUUCGCAGCCACAACAAAAGUACUGAUUCCCUUUUUGCUUUUUGAUGUGAUGAUGGCUAACGCCUGUUGUUUUGACUGCGUGUUUCCUUCCUGUUUGACAUACCGUCAUGAUGACCCUCGUUUUUGCAUGUCACUUUCUCGUUGUUGUUAACUCCUAUGUCUCCCGCUGCCUGAACCCUAGAGAGGGCCCGCUCGGUUGCAAGGACAAUAAAGUUCCAUUAUUGUUUACUGUAGCACUUCAUUGCUAGCUAUGCAUGUUUCGCGCCUCGUACUGAUGCGUUCGCGUACUACACCGUACAUGACUUGAACGUUUUCAUAUGGCAAAAAUCCUUCGGACCCUUUUUGAUUAACUUCCUUGUAUCGGUUUUCCACAAAGCCAGAUUUUACAAGCAGCUGUGCGAGAGUGUUAUUAAAGUAUCGUUUGUUCCGAAUGCAUCAGAUGCUAACCAUUAGCAAAAUUCCAAAAUGACUCCACCAGCUGCUAGAGAAUAUAAAGACAAAGAAAUAGCGGUGACCAUCAACGGGACAAAGUAUUAUGUUCCCACUACCUUUUCGGAAGUUUCGCUGAAUGACUAUUUGCGAAUUAAUCUUUCGCUAACGGGAACAAAGGUCACAUGUCGAGAGGGUGGAUGUGGUGUUUGUAUCGUCAAUGCGGCUUAUAAAGAUCCUGUUGGCGGAAGUCAGUUUGUAGAACGGGCAGUUAACUCGUGUUUAUGCCCUAUCUUAUCGUGUGAUGGCUGGGAAAUCACUACCGUGGAAGGAAUUGGUAACCAGAACAAACCCCACCCGAUACAGAGUCGUCUGACAGAUCAUUAUGGAACGCAGUGUGGAUUUUGUACACCGGGAAUGAUUAUGAAUAUGUACAGCCUGCUUCAGAAUGGCAACCUCACAAAGCGUGAUGUCGAAGAUUCUUUCGAUGGCAAUAUUUGUCGUUGUACCGGGUAUCGUCCUAUUCUCGACGCGUUUAAAUCCUUUGCUUCGGUAGGAGCCGGCUCCGGUGUAGUCGACAUUGAGAAUUCCGACGCAGUUGUGGCAUUGUGCCGAAAAACUGCACGCGCUGCAACAAAUGACAAAUCCCAUACCCAGUAUAAUGUUCGCCAGCAGUGCAGAGCAACACGUGACUUUGCUCCACCUUGGUACGCACCGGCAUCCCUGAACGAUUUGUAUAAUUUACUGCCGCAAUUAACCAGCCAUAAUGUGUACUACGUGGUGGGCCAUACCGGCAAAGGAGUGUUUGAUGAUGGUCCGUACGACGCAUAUGUAAACCUGAAAAACAUUCGGGAUCUUUACGAACUUAGCCUAUCGCAGACCGCGCUUCGCCUGGGAUCGGCUAUUCCGUUAAAAGAUCUCAUUGAAACUUACAAGGAAUUCUCUGGCAAUGAUGGAUACCAUUAUUUAACUGAAUUAGCCACACUGCUCAGCAAAACCGCCCACAUAGCAGUUCGCAACGUUGGGUCGUGGGGCGGGAAUAUGGCCAUGAAGAACCGGCACAAAGAAUUCCCAUCAGAAACGUUUCUUACCAUGGUCGUGUCCAAUGCUAUCCUUUACACAGGGCCAGACAAUAAGGCACUUCCGGCUGACGAGUUUUUGAAAUCGGACUUGAAAGGAAAGGUCAUUCUACGCGCGGAAUUGCCUGCUUUUGGAAACGAUUAUUACUUUAAAACGUAUAAAGUAAUGCCGAGGUCUCAGAAUGCACACGCCAUCGUCAAUGCGGCGUUUCGAGCAAAAGUUGAUAAAAGCGAAGGACAAUUUGUUAUUACAGAAAAACCUUGUCUUGUCUUUGGAAAUAUUGCAGCGAAUUUUGUGCGCGCGGUGCAAACGGAAGCCUUUCUGCUUGGCAAAAACAUUGGAGACGUGAAUAUCUUGCAACAGACCCUGCAGAUUCUGAAUAAAGAAGUCAACCCGACAACCGACCCAUCCGAAGCCCGUCCGGAAGUUAGGCGGUCGAUAUGCUUAUCCUUGUUUUAUAAGUUUGCGUUAACUAUUGUUGGUGAUUUUGCGGAUCCACGCUAUCGCAGCGCAACAAGUAGUUUAAGACUGGAACGGCCUCUUUCCAGCGGCAUCCAGUCGUAUCCGACGAAAAAGGAAAACUGGCCUCUGACGCAACCCAUUCCCAAAAUUGAGUCCAUGGUUCAGUGCACUGGCGAAGCGAAAUUCAUUGCGGAUAUUGAACGAAAUGAUCUUCUGCAUGCGGCGUUCGUGUUGACUACACAAGCCAACGCUACAAUCUAUCGGAUUGACACAGCUCCAGCUCUGGCGUUGCCCGGUGUUCUUCGAGUUUUCACAGCGUCUGAUAUCCCUGGAGUUAACAGUAUCUUUCCUCUCGAUGAUCCAAGUUUCCCUACCACUGCCGAAGAAAUGUUAGCUGUUCGACAGUCGCUUUAUGCAGGACAGCCAGUCGCAGUUGUGUUGGUAGUUACGCGUGAUAUUGCCGAAGCCGGGGCAAAACUGGUCGUCGUCGAUUACAGCAACAUCCGCUACCCCAUUCUGACCAUCCAAGAUGCAAUACGCGAAAAGUCAUUUUUUGAGAACGCACCAACCAUUGUUGUCGGGGAUGCGGAUACGGCCAUUGCCAAUGCUCCCCAUAAAGUCGGUGGGGAAAUAACACUUGGGCAUCAGGCGCACUACCAUAUGGAAACAAUGGUUGCCAUAGCUUAUCCAACUGAGAACGGUAUAGAUUUGGAUGCCGGUACUCAGUGGAUCGAUUGCGUCCAGGAUGGUGUCGCUCUGGUCACUGGGGUGCCAAAAAACAAAAUAAAUGUUUCGGUGCGAAGAAAUGGCGGCGCGUUCGGCGCAAAAAUUCACCGCAACAACCAUUCAGCGUGUGCUUGCGCAAUGGCAGCUUGGAUUUUGAAGAGACCGGUCAAAAUGCAUAUGACAUUGUGGGAUAAUUCAAAGCUCGUGGGAAAACGCUAUGCAUAUUACGUGAAAUAUAGUGCUGGCUUUGAUGAUAAUGGAAAAAUACUGGGGGUGUCUUGUGACGUUUACUGCAACACCGGUGCGUACCUUGGAUCGCCGGCCAUUACUUUUUUGUUUUUAUUCGCCGAAAAUGUAUACAAAUCGGAUAACUGGAAAUUCAAUCUUUUUCAAUGCAAAACAAACCUUCCGUCAAAUCUUUAUUGUCGCGCACCAGCGAGCUUUGAAGCGGUUCAUUUCGUUGAGACAAUUCUGGAACAUGUAGCGUUUGCCGUGAAAAAGCCCGCCAUCGACGUUAAACAGGCCAAUUUUCUAAAGGAUGGAGACCGGCUUAUUAUAGGCGGAAUUCCGUUAACCAACUGCACCAUUGCCCCGAUAACCGCUCAGUUAUUAGAAUCAGCCGACUACAAAAACCGCGUAGCAACCAUUGAACAAUUUAACAAAGCCAACCGGUGGCGCAAACGCGGACUGGGGGUAUCACCUGUUAGGUAUGCGUGUGAGUGGAAUACAGGGUACUUUAACUGUUUGGUAUCCGUCUACCACACCGGCGGUUAUGUUGCGGUUACACACGGUGGGAUCGAGAUGGGACAGGGAAUCAAUACAAAAGUGGCUCAGGUGGUAGCAUACGAGCUGGGAAUUGAUAUGCAGUAUGUCACAAUCCAACCGACCCAAGGUAUCACAAACCCAAAUGCGAUUUGUACGGCCAGUUCCAUUUCCAGUGAAUUGUGCUGCUUGGCUGCCAUUAACUGCUGCAGUCAAAUCAAAGCCAACAUGAAGAAAACAAAAGAUUCCAUGCCACCGGAUUCUAAAUGGGAAGAUAUUGUCGAGAAAGCUUUCCGAGGUGGAGUUAACCUUUGCGCUCAAGCAUGGGUAGCAGCAAAAGCCGCGGAAGUGGUGCAGCUGGUACAAUACAACACUUAUGGAGCAAUGUGCACGGAAGUUGAACUUGACGUGUUAACUGGGGAAUACCAAAUCAACCGAGUGGAUCUGUUGUACGAUUGUGGCGAAUCCAUAUCUCCACUUGUUGAUGUCGGACAAGUGGAAGGCUCAAUAAUAAUGGGUUUGGGAUAUUUGACUUCAGAAGAGGUAUUAUUUGAUCCGAAAACCGGAGAGAAUUUGACCUACGGCACAUGGAAGUAUAAACCUCCCACCACGAAAGACAUUCCCAUUGAUUUUCGAGUUGCUCUUCUUCAAAACGCCCCUAACCCUAGCGGGGUUCUGCGAAGCAAAGUUGUUGGAGAACCGCCGCUAUUAAUGACCACUUCCGUCAUUUUCGCUCUUCGAAAUGCGAUUUAUGCCCAGCUGCUGGAAGUUGGCAAAGGAAACGACUGGAUUAUUAUGGAAUCGCCUUUAACUGUGGAAAGAAUGCAACAGUACGCCCAAACUGACAUUUCACAGAUGCGAUAUAAAGAUUACUAACGAUAUAAACACUUUAUGUCCGCUUAAUGCGGUUUGAAUGCAAAUGUUCAAAUAUGCAGGAUACAACAACGAAGAAUGUCGUUUAAUAUUAACUGCAGAUUGAGCUAACAAUAAGCGAAGGAACCCAUACUGAUUAGGAUUUUACCUGUGCUUAAGAUUUUGUUUUGCUCAUUGUAUGCUAACUUUUUGCCAAUUUAUAUAAUAAAAACAA